AAGUCGCACGGACUUUGCGCAUCGCUACUAAUGCAUAGAUCUGUAUGUUAUACAUGCUGCUACCAAAGGGUUUGUUCGCUCGCGUGUGCCACCCACAAUGAAUUUGUUUAGUUGCACCAAUUGAAAUGCACUUAUUUCCUUUACUCGUUAGAGUAAUUGAAUUGUCGGAUUAAAAAGGCAAAGUAAAAUGCGUUUCAUUCGCUGGUUAGUCUUGCAUGAUAAUGUGAGUGACCAGGAAUGGCGGCGUUUGACUGACAACGUCACUAACCAAUCACCAAUUAGCCGGUACUGUGAGGCGGAGACUAUUUUAAAGUACAGUUGUGCAUUCUUCAAGAUGGCGGGCCUCCUUAUAAUUUUACUUGAAUAGGACACGUGUAAUAGCGAUAUAGGAUUCGAGGAGGCUGUUAAAUUAUAUGUGUUGCUGCCAGAGGAAUCCACAGGAGAAUGGUGAUCAUUGUCUUGAUCCCACAUUAGGCUGAAUGCAUUGUGAUUUCCAAUAAUUGAGACAGUGAUUCUGAAAGCUGUCUACAUUAAUGAAAAGAACAAUGUAGUCAGCUUAGCAUAUCCAUCUCUGAUAACGUGUUUUUUGUUCUGGAAUGUGCCUCUGCAUGCAUUCUGCUUUUAGUUAACAAAUAAUCAGGGUAGACUUGAGUUUAUACAUUGAUUUAAAGAACUUUGAAUUCUCAAUUAAUUAAAAAAUGGAAAUAGAUGAGAUUCUUCCACCUCUCCCUUUGGAGCCACCUCAUGAUUUUGGCCAAGAUGAAGGCAGAGCACCUCCACCACCUCCCCUGCAAACGUCCAGUGACGCAGAGGUAAUGGACGUUAGCUCUGGUGGUGAUGGAUACAUAUGCACCCUAGAGGAUGGGGAACCCAAAGCACAGCACCCCCUCAGCACUGGCACAAUUGUUUUCUGUAGCCAGCCCUCAAAUGAGGCCAGUCACUCCAACCCACUGUGCCCUAGAACAGCUCGUCAUGCCCCCCCUGUAACCAAGUUCCGACCAGAUCUCAAACUGCUCAGGGAUGUUAAGGUUCGUGUUCGCUUCACUGAAAGCAGUUGUAGUAAAGACAGGAAGGUUUUGUAUACAGGUGAAGGGCAAGAGAGCUGUAGUGAUGACUGUUUAGACAAUGUGAAUGGUGAGCUGGCUUUCUCAAGUGAUCAGCAAAUAACAGAAGGUAGUUCAAGAACAGCAGAUGGAGCAGGUAGGGUUGAUGAGCCUGAGGUAGACCAUGAGAACAAAGUAGAGUAUGCUGUGCUGGAUGAGUUGGAUGACAUCUAUGAAAAUUUCGUGGAUAAUGAAGAUGAAGAAAGUGGCGGCUUUAAGUCCGAGGUCAUACUUCAACAAGAGCAAGCAGACGAUGAGUCCAUGGCUUACACAUAUGAGGAGGAAUUUGACAAUGACGUUGACGCUCUGCUCGAGGAGGGCAUGCCGGUCCCCAAAAAGAUGCGUCCAGCUGAGAAUAAAUAUGAUGCGGACAGUGAUCAUCAGUCAGAUGGAGAAGGCAGUGUUCAACCCAUGAUGACCAAAAUUAAAACUGUCUUGAAAAGUCGAGGACGUCCACCCACUGAGCCACUUCCUGAUGGAUGGAUUAUGACUUUCCACAACUCAGGCAUUCCAGUCUAUCUCCACAGAGAAACUAGAGUAGUAACUUGGUCCAGACCCUACUUCCUUGGAACUGGCAGCAUAAGGAAACAUGAUCCUCCAACCAGCAGCAUCCCCUGCUUACACUAUAAGAAGAUGAAGGAACAUGAUGAGAAGGAACUGAAUGGUGUUGUCAAUUCUCAAGCAGAGGAGUCCCCUAUUAAGCCCACAGCAGAGGCAAAUGGAGAUGCACAUGUAGCGAACUCUGACAACACAGCUGAGGUGCAUGAUAAUGUGCCUGUCUCAAGUCCUGCAAACGGUGACCUAGAGGGUGAGGGCAUUACAAACAAUGGUCAGCCUGGUAAAGAGACCCAACCGUGCGACAUUGCUCAAGGAGCCCUUGGACAAGUCAGGGCCAAAGUGGAGGUGUGCAAGGAUGAGUCAAUUGAACUUGAAGACUUUCGCCUGUACCUGGAAAAGUGCUUUGACUUUGAACAAGUGACUGUGAAAAAGUUCCGCACGUGGGCUGAGCGAAGGCAGUUUAACAGAGACAUGAAGAGAAAACAGGCUGAAUCAGAGAGGCCAAUCCUGCCGGCAAAUCAGAAACUCAUCACACUGUCAGUCCAAGACGCCCCUACUAAGAAAGAAUUUGUCAUAAAUCCGAAUGGGAAGUCUGAAGUUUGCAUCUUGCAUGAAUAUAUGCAGCGUGUCCUAAAAGUUCGGCCUGUUUACAACUUCUUCGAAUGUGAGAACCCAAGUGAACCCUUUGGCGCGUCUGUCAUUAUAGACGGCGUCACCUACGGCACAGGGACAGCAAGUAGUAAAAAACUUGCCAAGAAUAAAGCAGCAAGAGCCACACUGGAAAUCCUGAUCCCUGACUUUGUGAAGCAGACUUCUGAUGAAAAGCCCAUUGAGGCAGAUGAACUUGAGUAUUUUAAUCAUAUCAGUAUAGAAGACUCAAGAGUGUAUGAGCUGACCAACAAAGCGGGGCUUCUUUCACCAUAUCAGAUACUUCAUGAGUGCCUUAAAAGAAAUCAUGGGAUGGGAGACACUAGCAUAAAAUUUGAGGUGAUACCAGGGAAAAAUCAGAAGAGUGAAUAUGUGAUGACUUGUGGGAAGCAUACUGUGCGUGGUUGGUGCAAAAACAAGAGGGUUGGCAAACAGUUAGCAUCUCAGAAGAUCUUGCAGAUGCUUCAUCCUCAUGUGAAAAACUGGGGAUCGCUGCUGCGAAUGUAUGGCCGAGAGAGUAAUAAAAUGGUCAAGAAGGAGAGCUCAGACAAGAGUGUGAUCGAGCUGCAGCAGUUUGCCAAAAAGAACAAACCAAACCUUCAUAUUUUAAACAAAUUGCAAGAAGAGAUGAGGAAACUGGCCGCACAAAGGGCAGAAACGAGGAAGAAACCCAAGAUGACCAUCAUGGAAUCUGCCCAGCCAGGAAGUGAACCUCUCUGCACUGUUGACGUUUAACAAGAAAGCUAGCCAGACACCACAAUGGCCCUCUGUCAGCACUGCAUCAUAGUAAUCGCCGCUAUGUAGGAUCACAUUGUCAUGCUGUUAGAACAGCUUUACUUCUUUUACCCGUAUGUAGUUGGAUUGGACGUAAUGCACUAACAGACCGUAGCCCAAAAUACCAUCUACCUCUCUAGAUGCAUCCAAGCUAUGGUAAAAGAACAAAGUCCUCCAGGGUGCAGAUAAGGUGGCUUGACUCAAAUGUGGUAAAAUUACAAUUCAUGCACAUCUUGACUACGAGAAGCACUACCUACCAUGGUUUUGUUUUAAAGUGUCUUAAUAGAUGCAUACCAGCCCCUAUGUUUUUGCAAUUUCAUAACAUUUGAAAGGGACCAUUUGUAUUUACAUUUGAAGAUGAAAUGUAUUUUAUUGGUUGGUGUUAUGGCUUUGAGGGGGAGUACAAAUUUAGUAUUUUUUCAGAAGUGAAUUGGUUUGCAUGCUUGAAAACAUGUUGUGAAGUGAUGACUAUUCUAAACAAUUAUGCAUAUGUCCUGUCCAAAAAUGAACUCCUUUCUAGUGAUCAGUAUUCUAAAACAUUUCUCCCCCACCAUUUAGCUCAACCCCUGCCCACACACAGCCAUUCCCUGGGGUCUUGGCUUUUUAACACAAUGUUUAAGCACUAAUUAACAUUUCAUGAGCUUUGCAUUUUGGUGCCCUUAACCUAAAUUGUCGACAUGUUGCCUUAGUUGAUCUAUGUCAUGAAGGGCUUUGAAGUGUAUAAAUUGGACCUAAACCUGACCAGGAAUUGAACAGCCCAAAUCUCCCCUAUCAAAUAAAGCAUUUAUCUAGCAAAUUAGUAUUUUUAAAGUAUGUCCACAGCAUGUAAGAUGUCUUAAUGUACUUUGUAUUUGUUUAUUUACUGUUCCUUGCAAAGUUGACAAUGCAUAUGACAAAGAUACUGCGCAGAAUGCAACCUUGCAAAAUUGAGUUGGAAGGCUGACAUUCAGUCACAUUAAUUCCAACACAAGCUUCUGAAACUGUAUACCAAAGCCUAAAAUCCAGUCAUAUGCAUUUUUUAGACUACCUAAUGUUGCUGCAAACUCUAAUGUCCCCCUAAGAGCAAUCUGUAAAAAAGACAUACUAAAAUACACAACUGCUGUGCAUUUAUCUAUUUGGCUUAUGAUGUCCUUCAGAUGUUAAGCUGUUGUAGUUUUGCUUCAUGAAUGUGCUUUUUUUUUUUUUUGGUCAAGUGUUUCAGUGUGAGAAUUGCUUUUACAUGUUAUGCUCUUGAAUUGUACCAGUGACUUGUUUGAGAUGAUGUUGCCUACAAAAUGAAGUAUAGUAUGUAUUGCAAAAUAAAAUAUAUUGACUUAAAUCUC